UAUAUACUCCCAACCUAAACCGACCUCUUUCCCGAAGAUCCCUCGUGUCGAGAAGCAUCUUGUGGAUCAGAAGUUACUGGCUCACCGCUGUUCUGUGUUAAUUACAUUGAAUACGUCGGCCAGAUAAAUACAUUAUGUCCACCUACAAAGAAACAGGCAAAGCUCCUGCAGAGGAAACCACCAUCCAUCGCAUCAGGAUCACUUUGACCAGCCGUAAUGUCAAAAGUUUGGAGAAAGUGUGUGCUGACCUGAUUAAGGGAGCCAAGGAGAAGCAGUUGAAGGUAAAGGGUCCAGUGCGCAUGCCCACAAAGGUUCUGCGCAUCACCACUCGUAAGACUCCUUGUGGUGAGGGAUCCAAGACCUGGGAUCGCUUUCAGAUGCGCAUCCACAAGCGUCUGAUUGAUCUGCACAGUCCAUCCGAGAUAGUUAAGCAGAUUACAUCCAUCAGCAUUGAGCCUGGAGUGGAAGUAGAGGUCACCAUCGCAGACGCAUAAAGGGAAUGACAUCCUGAAUCAAUUUGUGACAUUUCUUUUACUAAGAUAAAUAAAGAAAUCAACAUAGAACAAGAUGUUAA